UCCGUCGCUCCCGCGGCGCGAGGCGCUCUCGCUCCUCUCCACCUCCGUCGCCCCUCCCCCCGCGCAGCCGCCGCCGCCACCGCGAGACCCCCGCGUGCCGCCUUCCCCCUCCCCCUCCGGCCCCGGCGGUCCCCGAGAAGAACGAGAGGGCGAGCGAGCGCGGCGUUCCGGGGCCGGUCCGGCCCCCUCCACUCACCAUCGCCGGCCCUCCGCCGCCUUCCUCCGCCUCCACCUCCUCUCCCCCCCCCAACCAGCUGAGGCCCCCCCGGGGGGGGGAGGCCCGGGACCGGGAGCGAAUUCCCUCUAACUCUCUUCCCCCGCCCGGCCCGAGUGUGUGGAGAAGGGCCCGGCCCGGCCCGGCCCGCGUCGUGCGUGAGGACUCCCGGCCGGCCCACGGGCCGUCUGGGGCCUGGUCCGGCCCCCCGGGUGUGUGAAGACAGGGCCCCGGUGCGGCCCGGCCCGAGGGCAAGCAGAGGGGAGGGGCCUGGUCCGGCCCGGCCGGUGCGUGAGGACUGGGGCCCGGGCCGGCGCCACCGCCGCCACCGCCGCCGCUGCCGCCGCGAUGGCCCAGCAGCAGAUGACCAGCUCGCAGAAGGCCCUAAUGCUGGAGCUGAAAUCCCUGCAGGAGGAACCGGUGGAGGGCUUCCGGAUCACCCUGGUGGAUGAGUCCGACCUCUACAACUGGGAGGUGGCCAUCUUCGGGCCCCCCAACACUCUCUACGAAGGCGGCUACUUCAAGGCCCAUAUUAAAUUUCCUAUUGACUACCCGUAUUCACCACCUACCUUCAGAUUCUUGACCAAAAUGUGGCACCCCAACAUUUAUGAGAAUGGAGAUGUAUGCAUUUCAAUUCUUCAUCCGCCUGUAGAUGACCCACAGAGUGGAGAACUGCCCUCCGAAAGGUGGAAUCCUACUCAGAAUGUCAGGACUAUCUUGUUAAGUGUAAUCUCACUGCUUAAUGAGCCCAACACCUUCUCCCCAGCCAAUGUGGAUGCUUCAGUUAUGUUCAGGAAAUGGAGGGACAGUAAAGGAAAAGACAAAGAAUAUGCUGAAAUCAUUAGGAAACAGGUUUCAGCCACUAAGGCCGAAGCAGAAAAGGAUGGAGUAAAGGUCCCCACAACCCUGGCGGAAUACUGCAUCAAAACUAAAGUGCCUUCCAAUGACAACAGCUCAGAUUUGCUUUAUGACGACUUGUAUGACGAUGACAUCGAUGAUGAAGAUGAGGAGGAGGAAGAUGCCGACUGUUAUGAUGAUGACGAUUCUGGGAAUGAGGAGUCGUGACAUGUUCCUUCGAUGCCCCUGUACUGCCCUGCCGUCUCAGGCCAAAGGGAGGGGAGCAGGUGGGGACCUAGCAAUGGCCCCUCAGCAAAAACCUAUUCACAGGGGGUGGGGAAAACAAACACGGCUCCUGCUGACUCCCCUUAUGGAUCUCAGUUUGCUCCUUUUUAUGGACCUCUUAAUGGAGAGAAAGUAACCCUCCACAGAAUGUCUGAAUUCUUCCAUUCUUUACCCAUCACUGUAUUGAUUUUUUUUUUUUUCUUUUUUUUUUUAAAAAAGCACCACCCAAAACUCCUGCCUCACUUCGUCUCUACAGAGUGUUCACAGCAAAACAUGUUUGGUCUGUUUUUAGAUUCUUGAAGAAUUAAAUAGUCUUUCAUCAAGACAUUUCAUUUAUUUAAAGCUGGGAACCCAUUGGGAGUUCACAAGUGCUGCGUAUAUUGGGUAGCAAAAGUAAAUGGAGGGGGAAAAAAAAAACCACCACCAACAAAAACCCAUAGAAUCCCACAAAACAAACUAAAAAACCACCACCAACAAAAACCCAUAGAAUCCCACAAAACAAACUAAAAAAAUUGGUUUAGCUGCCCGCUUACAAGUGUAUGCACAUUGGUUUAUCUUAGCCCUGUGGUGGUGAAUUUUUUUUUCCCCCUUCUUAAGGCAGGGGUAUAGCGGUCUGAGGGACUUGGAGCUAAGGUGAAUGAAAUGUGUUCCUAAGGGCCCAAAGUUCCUUCAGGCCUCCCUGAAAUAUCCCAAAGUGGAGGUCUCAGCUACUCUGAGAAGUCAGAUUUUGUUUUUUGAAAUCAAUUGGGAUCUAAAGCCUGAAAUAAAUAUUCGUACUUUA